AUGACCGAAGUGCCAAGAAGGGAGAGUCCAUGGGGGAUGCCAGAAGGAGACACUCGCCAACCAAAGGCACAUCGAUGCAACGAUCGAGCUGAGGAUGUUAUCCAGGCUUGUUUUGAGGGAAACCCAUUUAAGACAGUUCCAGGACCUGUCAAGCUCUUUUGGCAAUGCAUGCGCUCUAAACCCGGGUAG